GGUGUUGCUUCAUCCCAUCUCAUCUCAGCGUCAUUCAUUUCAAUCACCGUGUGUGAAAGAAUUGAACAUGGCUAUGAGAGGCAACAAUGUCAAGACCAUUGUGAUGAUGCUCGUAGUUGUGGGUGUUGUGGCCAUGGAGCAAACCCAGCAAGUACAAGCAUCCCACUGUUGUUAUGAUCUCAACUCGGUCGAUACCUAUUUUAAGUGCCGCGCAAAAUCUGAUAGCACUGUCUCAGAGUGCUGCGGUGUUUCCGCUGGCUAUAUAUCAGAAGCCGCUGGAUUUGAAUGCAAGCCCGGUUAUAUAGAUAUAGAGACUGCACUGCAAGCCACCAACUACUGCAAGAUUGGGUGCACGGCUUCCUUGUGCAACAAAUUAACUCCUUCUGGGAAAGGCGCCAUGGAACACUGCACCAGUGGAUGCCACGAUCUGUGCACCAAGAACAACGCGGAAAUUGCACAAGUCAUCACGGCUUAACUAGUUAUGCCAAGGAGCUGCAUCUGACAAGCCCGCCAAGGAGUGUUUAUGUUGCCUUCAAUAAUUUGUGCCAAGUCCAAUAAGGAUCAUGAGCUGUAUGAUGCAUCUUCCUGCGAGGAUGUAUAGUGCUCGAUCAUCGUUUCUUGUUAAAAAAAUUAUGUUGUAUCAUUGGCAUAUGGCAUGAUGACGCCACGCUUUUAGUGAAUCUUGUUUAGUUUGCAAAUUAUUAUGGUGUUUCGUUCUCGCGAGGCAUCUUGUUUUCUUCUUGCUUUUGAUAGGGGUAAGCAAUGUCGUUGUUGGCAAGGUGUCUUUUGAGGUUAAUCAAAGCAUGGACGGUCAAUUAGUGUUUCA